AUGGCAGCAACUAAGUUUCGACAAGCGAUCGCUGAACCUUUGUCGAGAAUUACUUCUGUUAAUUCCAAAAUAAUUGAAGAGAUACUAUACCUACCGAAGAUCGCACCCCAACAUCAGUUUAUUAUACCUGUUCCAAAACUAUUGGGAAAAGAACCAAAAUCUCAAAAGCAGCAGAAUGUUAACGCAAUCUGCAAAGAUCUUGUCAGCAAGUUAGAGACCAACACACUUAUAGAAGAUGUAGCCUCAGACGGUGUUUAUCUCAAAUUCAGCGUAAAUCCACUAGCAUAUAUGAAAACCACACUUCACCAAGUAUAUAAAGAAAAGGAGAAAUAUGGACACCACACACUAGCAACGCCUCAAACUGUUCUAAUUGAUUAUAGUUCGCCCAAUAUUGCAAAACCUUUUCAUGCUGGCCACCUACGCAGUACAAUUUUGGGCAACUUCAUCAAGCGUAUUCAUGAUGCAAACGGUUACAACACCGUUGGUAUUAAUUAUCUUGGAGAUUGGGGAAAGCAGUAUGGCUUACUGGCAAUUGGGUUUGACAUGUUUGGUAAAGAGGAAGAAUUGUUAAAGAACCCUAUAGAACAUCUUUACCAGGUUUACGUCCAAGUGAAUGCUCUGGCGAAGGAGAAUGCUGAGAUUGACAAAAAAGCGAUUGAGUAUUUCAAAUGCAUGGAAGAUGGCGAUAAAAAAGCGCUUGCUCAAUGGCAACGUUUCCGAGAAUUAAGUAUUGAGUCUUAUAAACAGAUCUAUAAGAGGCUUAAUAUCGAAUUUGAUUACUAUUCUGGAGAAUCGCAAACAGAACCUUACAUUCAAAAGGUCUACCAAAUACUGAAUGAACACAGUUUGCUGGAAAAAACAGAGGAUGGAGCAAGUGUCGUAAAUUUAGAAAAAUACAAGUUGGGUAAGCCAGUCCUACAGCGCGCAGAUGGCACAAGCUUAUACAUGACAAGGGAUUUGGCUAGUUUAUUGUUGCGACGUAAGAACUUUGGGAACUUUCAUAAAGCUGUCUACGUCAUAGGCACUGAACAAGAAUUGUACCUGAAGCAGUUAUUCAAAAUUUGUGAGCUAUUGCACCAUCAUGACAGCAAUUGGCCGACUAACCUUUUCCAUGCUAAGUUCGGUCGUGUAAUGGGAAUGUCAACUAGAAAAGGCACAGCAGUGUUCCUGAAAGAUAUAUUAGAUACGGCUAAAGAUCAUAUGUUGAAUAAAAUGACAAUUAACGAUCAGUUCAAUAAGCAAAUAAUUGAAAAUGAAAAUCAAUCACUGGAAAAAGUUGCUGAUAAAUUAGGCGCUUCGGCUGUAAUCAUUCAGGAUAUGGCAGCAAAACGAACCAAGAACUACGACUUUGCAUGGGAUAGAAUGACAGCAGUGAAAGGGUAUACAGGGAUUUAUUUGCAAUACACACAUGCACGGAUGUGCGGAAUUGAGCGGCAAAUCAAUAUACCUUUAACAAUCGACGCCGAUGUAUCUCUCUUGAAGGAAAGAGAGGCAUUUGAAUUGUGUCUAGCUAUCUCUCAAUUCCCUGAUAUAACGCGUUUUUCUUGUGAUGCAAUGGAUCCCAGUAUCUUGGUUCAAUAUAUGUUCAAGCUUUCGCAUGUCAUAAGUCAAGCUAAUGCAGUCAUUAAAGUCAAAAAUGCUGAAACACAGACUGCUGAAUCAAGGCGUUUAUUAUUUUGGGCAGCUAAAACUACUUUAUCCAACGGUUUGAAACUCUUAGGUGUAGAUCCUUUAAGUCGUAUUUAA